GUUGACACACAGACUGGAGUCCAAAUAAGCUCCUUUACUGACUCUUUAUACGAGAAAGACACGCGUGGUCGCGACAUGCGGCGCAAGUAAAGACCGACGCGUGCACACAGUCACGAUAACAGCGCCUAUAGGUUCAAAAGAGCGCUGUCCCGACGCGUCGGGAGCACCCGGGUCACCCAUUUCGGCAUGAAACUUCGCCUCGAUUGACGUCACCGAGCCAUCUUUGUCCGCCUUAAUCCGGGCGUCUGUUUAUUCCACCUUCAUUACUACACGGACCCCCUGACAGCGCCGGGCUCCACUUCAGCCUUGCAGGUGCCGCAUCGCCGUGUAGAUAUAGGAAGAGUGGAAGAAAAGAAGAAGGAGGGGGGGGUGAAGACAUAUCUCAGCGGCAGAUACAAGCCAGUGCUCCUCCUCGGCGAUACAGGCAGGGAAACGGCACCAUAAGCAACCAAAGGGUGCCAGAGGGUAGAGAGGAGCGCACAAGGCAAUCCACAUCCAUCUGCCAGCCACUUAGUCCGCGGUAGCAUUUCCAGUCCGGAUUUCAGCACAGCUGUCCAGCCAACACUACCAGGAACAUGUCUGCCCCAGCUGGAGCCCCUGCAGAUGGAGCGAAUCAGCCCCCCAACCUCACCAGCAACCGUCGUCUGCAGCAGACACAGGCACAAGUGGAUGAGGUGGUGGACAUCAUGCGUGUAAACGUGGAUAAGGUUCUGGAGCGUGAUCAGAAGCUGUCAGAACUGGACGAUAGGGCUGACGCCCUGCAGGCUGGAGCCUCUCAGUUUGAGACCAGCGCUGCAAAACUGAAGAAUAAAUACUGGUGGAAGAAUGCCAAGAUGAUGAUUAUCCUGGGUGUGAUAUGCGUGAUUGUCCUCAUCGUCAUUAUUGUGUACUUCAGCACCUAAGAAGAGUUGCUCCUACCCCAGUCUACUCCUUCCUUGCUACAGAAGAAAAAACCCUCAAAUUGAUUACAAAAUUAACCACGAUAAUUCAUUUAUUAUAUAUAUCUCCCGGUUAGCCUCGAUAUAUAACACCCCUAAACCUUCAGGGCCCCAUGGCUCCCCCACUUCCACCACCUCGCCUCUGGACCCCUGUCAAUAUUUGUCCUGUGAGUGUGUGGCCCUGUCUCCUUUCUGGGUACUCUUGGCUUUUCUAACCUGCCACACUGAGAACCAAACACUUGUGACGAUGCAACAACAGAAAAGGAAGCAACAAUUGGCGAUAAUUGUUACAUAACUGAUAUAUAUAUAGUUCUUUGUAGAGUUUUAUUCUGAUAUAUAUACUGUUUUGUAGGUGUGUGUGUGUGUGUGUGCGUGUGUGUGUGCGUGUGUGUGCAUUUUGUAUUUUUUAAUUUUUUGUAUUAAUUUUACGUAUGCUUCAGCGUUAACUACUGCCUAUUAAUCAAAGUGUGUAUCUUGCAUGUUAUCAUCAUCCAUCUGUCCCCCUGCUUACUCUCUCUUUUCGAUGUAUUUUUGCAGAGUGGAGUUAGUCUCCAUUUGACUCCGGAACGACUUUCUGAGGUUCGUCCGUGUUACUCGUGUCCACUAAGAAAGUCCAAAAAUAAGCCGGAGAACUAAAACUUGUAAAAAAAAAAAAUUAAAAAAAGAUGACGUCAAAUUACAAAGAUUUGAGCUACUCCACAGACAAAACUGCCCCUGAGAAUGCCCCAGGUUACUCUUACCUCAGCUCCAAAUGUCUAUAACUUGAUGCCAUCGAGGAGUUCAAGUCUUGGCUUCUUUGCUGGCUUUCUGAAAAGAGUUAAUGCUCACUCAUAUUGAUCAGACAUACAAAUAAUGCAUGAAUUGUGAAACUAAUUCCUAGUAAUCAUUGUUUUCCAGCCCUCUUCAUCGGAUCCUCCCAGUAUCUGUUUCAUUUCUCUUUCUCCAUUUCACACUUCUGUCUGUCAGCAUGCUUGAACACCUCAAUUUAUAUAAGUUCUAAAACUGCCAUAGUACAGUCGGACCAAUGUCUGUAGAUGUUUAUUUUUUAUUUCAAUAUUACGUAGUGUCUUAUUUCGAAAACAUUCCUUCAUUGCAGUCUAGUGCAAAUGGUCUUACCGUAGCACAUGUAAGUGUAAGUAUCUUUAAAAAAAAAAAAUAUACAAGCAAUGAAACUUGUGUCGAAAAACGUCGGUCAUACAAACCUUAAGAGAAAAUAGUUAGUAGCUGUAAGGGUUCGUUUUAAAUAGACAGGAUUAGACUUUCAAUCUGUCCAAAUGAUUUUCUUUUGUAAUAAGGGUGAUGUUAUCUUAACGUUACACGUAGGCUACAGUAUACUGUGGAGAUGUCAUUCAUGUCAAACUGUGGAUAUGGGCUUAAAGAAAACAACAAUUCUAAUGCAUAAAAUGGGGCCGUUGCAUAAAUAGAUGAAUUUCCAUAAAGCAAAGGUUCGUUCUUACUGGCCCGUUACCUACAUGGACCCUGAAAAGCCUUCGUCUCCAGUCACUUCUAUUAGUUACCGUAGAAUAUUUCCAGUCGAACCUGCCCUCACACUUUUAGUGUGUGCAGAGGGAGUGGCUGACUGCAGGAAAAAAAAAUAAAAAAAAUAAGGAAUCUGUUUAAAAUGCACAAACAACCUUGUUUUUGAUGGCGCUGUCUGGCUGGUCAAUAGCCUGGCCAAAGGAGAUCCUCAUGCAGCGAAACCUCUCCACACGAAGAGCACAUAAAAAGAAAAAGAAGAGGAGAUAAUUCAGCCUUAUUUGCAAAUCCAGGGACAGGGACAGAGGCUAAUGAGGACAAUGUCAAAUUCACAGUGGAGUUUUUUUUUUUUUUUUUUUGGUCAGCAACUUUGGGGUAAGCUCAGAAAAUGUACUGAAGAAGCGCGAGAAGCAAUUAUUCAAAAAAAUAGUAGCGCUCCGAAGAAGAGCGUCUUUGCCGGCGCGGUGGUUCUGUCUCAGUGUUUCUCCCUCCUAGUUAAGGCCUUUUUUUUCUUUUUUUAAAAUAUAAUAGAUUCUAUUUUUAUUAUAGUAUAUUUUUGUGUGAAACAGACAGGUAGAGAGGAAGUGUGCAAUCAGUACUAUUUGCUGCCAACAGCGGUAAGCUCCUCUUUACCUCAGUCUGGUGUGUUUUUUGUAAUUCAGCUCUGUGCGUUAUACACUGCCAAGCAACAAGGGAGAGGCUUCUAUUCUUAUUGCGGAUUUCUUUCAUCGGUGCCCGAGCUGGUUUGGUCUUAAAACAUUCUUUAACAUGUUUCUGGCAUCUUCUCCUGUGUGUACUACUUUUGGCUACUUUAUGAGCAGGAGAGCAGGGCAAUAUGAUGCACUUGUUGGUUUUCUUCAGUCAAACUAAGGCCUCGUGCACAUGAACACGAGACGACAUAGACCUUUAAAUUAAAUCUCCUUGAUUUGAGACCAUUCUACUUUCACCUAUGAAAGUUCUCUAUUUACUGAGUGUGUGCAUGUGCCGGCCUGCAUUAAUAAAUGCUGAACAGGAAGCAACGCAACUCAACUAAACUAUACAAAAGAUUUAGCACAUUUUCUUAGAGUAGGCUGGAAAUAUAAAGACCACAAAGCCACCAAUGAUAUUUCAGUGUGUAAAGCCUUAGUAGCCUUGUCUCUUUUCAACAUGACUUUUUAUCUUCCCCACCAGCUGAGUAAACCAACUUGCCCCACUUUGCUCAACCCACUGAUUCAAGAUCCUAUUGUGUGUGUGUGUGUGUGUGUGUGUGUGUGUGUGUCUGUGUCAGCGCAGGUGCAUCAAUGUGUGUGUGUGUGUGUGUGUGUCUGUUAGAAUAGCUCUGUCUUGGGAAUAUCCCCAGUUUAUCCCGACAGAUUAGGCCGCUUAAAUCUCAGAGUGAGGGCACGUUGUUUCCUUGACCACUGAAGUACGCGAGCAGACAGGUUACAGAUCUGCCGGCCAGUUCUAAUAAGGAAGGACCCGAACCUUAACAAAGCCCCUCCUCCCCUUCCCAUGUUUUCUUCCAAACAGAGCAAAAGUAAACUGCAGAAGAUUACUACCAAAGACCAGAUUUCCAUGCUUAAGCUGCCAAUUGCCAUCAAAAACAAGUGGAGAGAAACAGGUUAUCCAAACUAUCCAAGUCUGUUUUAAAUACCCGUACCCUAUUUAUCCUCAGAUAACAGGACCUUUUAAUUAUCGCACACUAUUCACAUGGUGUGUCAGAUUGGCUGGUGAGUUUGCCAUUCUAACAUAUGCAAGUUGAACCAAAACACGAGGGCCGCGUGCUUCAAAUCUCAAACACAGCCGGGCCCACCGGGCGCCUCCGGUUCCGAAGAGCCUCUUUAAUCUGAAACAAGUUUCAAGACACAAGAUCCUAUAACUAAUAAUAGCACAACUCUCUUUUCUUUUUCUUUUUUGUCUCCAUAGUGCUGCCAAGUUCUAAAAUGAAAAGACAUAAACGAACUAUAUGCUAUAAAAAAAUAACUGAGAAAAGCGUUAUAAAUAUCUGCAUUGUUUGGUGUUGUAAUAUGGGGGUGUUUUGGGGGGAAGGGGGUCCUAUAUCCUCAGGUUUAAGGUAUUAGCAAUUUACCAAAAUAUAUAUGAGGACAAAACUAUAUAAGCAAAGUAUAAAAUUGGGUUUUUGGCAAUAGAACAUCUUUAUAGGGUUUAGGCAUCCUGCAGGAGUUAACCACACAGUGGGCUGAAGUGAAGUAACACUACUGAUUGGGGUAGGACAUCUGUGUUAUCCAUAAAUCCGUAAUCCAUAAAUCCGUUGUGAGUGCUCAACCAAUUUGGUCACAAUGGUGAAAACGAAGUGAGUGCUCUCUUUUUUCUGUUGCUUUACUGUCCGUAUGAAAAGAAGUGCGUCGAUAUUUUAACACCGUGGCACUUUUUUCUGUUGUGAUUCGAUCAUUUUGGUGGGAUGGAAACAUUAAUUCGGGGGGAGAAUAUUGUCUUAUGUCAACCUCGCGAAUUGUUCAGCGACCUCAAUUUAAACGCUGCGUUCAGGUCAUUUGGGGGUGAUCCAAAAUGCAAAAAAAAAAAAAAAAAAGUGCAGACCCUCUUCCAGGUUUGAAAUAGAACUUGUGAUUCAAACCUGGAAGUAAAUGAGCAGAAAUGAGAAAAAGAGACCAACAGAAGAUCCAAUGGCUCGACAAAGCGUUGCGUAAUCGGUUUCAGAGCAGGAAAUGUUCCCCAACGUUUACCGUCACCCCCAAAUGGGAUGGAUGCAGCAAUAGGAGGGAACCUUUUGAGUCUCUGGAUGUUCACUGGAUGGUUAUAAUAGUACAAUAUUCUACUUUAAUGUAUGUUUUUAUUUUCGGACCAAAUAUUGUGUGUUUCUUUUGCAUCAAUUUAGUAAUAACUCCAGAUGUCACUGAAUUGUUUGUAUGUAAGCACUGACCGGUAAAGGUAAAAGAAAAGGGAGGUUAAUGGGGAAAAAAAAAAAGAAGUAUUUUUACCUUCAAUUGUCCAGAAUGCUCAGAAUGAUUCUACAGUUUACAUCAGAUUGCCGUUUGUAUCUACGAGAUCUAUUUUUUUGUUUAAAUCUGUUUAUUUUUGAGGAAAGAUUUAGACUUCUCUUUGGGACUAGGGUUUCAGGGAUGGAGGCCCAUAUUGCCCCUGGUCGUCUGGCCUCACAGGAGGGACGAGGCUGGAGGAUCAUGGGCAAUGUGCUCAGUUUGAUCUUUAACUUUUGUUUUGUUUUUCUUUGCUCUUAUUUGUUGAUAGAUUUAUUGUGCUGUCAUUUGGUAUGGGAUUAGAAACUAAACGUAAAGAAAAAGGAGACUGAAUGAAAAACUGAAGUACAUAAAAUAAUUGUAGUGUAAAUCUAUCAAUGUCUUAUUAUAUUGAUGAACAUCAUGAAAUAUAUGUAUAUUGGAAAAACA